AUGAUUAAAUGGAAUUCUUCUUCAUUUACCCACUUCAUCUGCUUCUCCCUCUAUUUGCUUUCGAUUCCAUUCGAUGUCGGCAUCGGCGGGAGUAGGUCGAUUCAUCCUUCGUGUUGCGUCUCUGUUUGGUGUCUGAUUCCGAAAGGAAAUGGAAAAGGACCUAUUUGCUCGAAGAAGAUUGAGAGAUCGUCUGUGGAGGGGAGUCUACUCUAUUGUAAUUCCCUAGGGAAGGUGGACUCUCCCCUGUUCAUCCUCCUAACAAUUUUGAAGUAUUUCUUCAGAUAUAUCAGCAUUCUAUGCUCCAUGGUCGGAGCAUAUACAUUCAAGCCAUUACAGACGAGGUUAAGUGCAUGUUACACAAGGGAUGAUAAGUAGUGAUUGUAGGAGUUCAUAUUUAUUACUUUUCCAUGAGAAAUUACCAACUGCUGUUUCGAAAGCUAUGUUUUCUCAUUUCCAACAAGAAACAGAAAAAGAUGGGCAGAGAAUAACAAUGUACUUUACUGUGGUUAAAAAAUAGCAAUGUACAGGCGAAUUGCAGAGAAUAGCAAUGUACUUUAAUGUGGCUACCAAUUCAGACAAUGUACUAUACUUUCACAGAAAAGUGACACCUUCCAACCCCCAAAGGGGGGGGGGGGGGAUGUACUAAAAUGUGUAUUUCCUUUUAUUUUUUUUAAAAUAUAUUCUUUUCG